AUGGCUUUACAAACAUCUUCUAGUAAUCAAGAAUCUACUAAUAAGAAUCCAAUUCGUGUUGGUAUUCGUCUUAUGUUUCAGCGUAUCGGCGAAAUCGAUACAUUGACUGAAAAAUAUCAAGCACAAGCAUCAAUCGAAGCUCGUUGGCUAGUUGAAUUGACCGAUAUAUUACCGAUUCUUUCGUUAACUGAUCAACAUAAUUUGAAUGUUGGAAAAUCUGUAACACUUGUAAAAUAUGGUGAUGUUAAUUGGCAUCCUCAAUUGUUCAUCGAAAAUGCUCUUGGAGAUCUGAAAGAACAAAUAAGAUAUAGUGGAAAGAAAAUCUCUAAUGAUCAAGUUUGUAUAUGUGAACAUCGUGACAUAAAAGGAUUGUUUUGGGAAAAACUUGAAUUGCAUCAUUUUCCAUCUGAUAUUCAAGAAUUAACUAUUUCUAUUGGUUCAAUGCUCUAUGAUGACAAAGCAGUACUGAUUCCUGAUCCAUAUUAUCAUAGUGGAAUAAAUCGUGAAGCAUUCGUUGAUCAACAAGAAUGGUCUUUGUAUGAACAUGUUGAUGCAAAGCAACGCUUCAUUCAAGAAUAUUCUCACAGUGAUAAUGACGAAGAAAAUAUUGAUAUGAGCUCGAAUGAAAAUCGAAGACGUUCACUUGUAUCUGUAUCUUGUCAUGCAGCACGUCGUUCUGGUUAUUUCUAUUGGAAUGGUUAUUGCCUUGUUUUUCUUAUUACUAUUAGUGCAUUUUGUAUAUUUUCAAUGCCACCUAAUUUGCCACAAAAUCGUCUUCAAACUGGAGCUACUCUCCUUCUAACUUCGAUUACUUUUCGUUGGACAGUAAAUCGAUCUCUCCCUACAAUAUCCUAUUUGACAUCAUUGGAUCGCUAUGCUAUAAUAUCCAUAUUUAUUCUUAUACUCUUAUGUACAUGGCAUGCUAUUAUUGGUGCUAUUAUUUUCAUUGAAAAACGCACUUCAACAACUGCUCCAGAUGAUCGAAAUUCUUGGCUAGAUCGAUGUGUAUUCUUUGCCUUUUUUGCUCUUUAUAUUCUUAUGCAUGUUAUUAUGUUUAUUUGGCUAUAUCGAGUACCACUUGCCAAUAGACGAGAAAUGAAACAAAAAGAUAUUCAAUAUAGAGAAAAACUUCACACGCAAAUCAAUGAAGGACGAUUGUUUAAGAGAGAAUAUGCCUUUGAAUUAUUGAAUAAGAGCAAGAAUAAGAACAAAUACGUCGUGUCAGAAAUGAUAUGA